GUUCUCACUUCUCAACUGCCCUCAUCCUCUCUUGGCUGUUCCGUCGGAGGGCGCUGGUCACCACCUCAGAAUCCGCUGCUAAACGGCCCUGUUCUCCUUAUCAUACGGUCGCCGGCGCAGCAAUGUCGAGAAUUGUACCGGAUCGGCUUGACCUUGUCAAUACAACUGAGUCCAAUGUCUCUCUGUCCCGGCCAAGAGAGGGCAGCUUCGCCGACAUGAUUGAUCGAGCUCUGGAGCACGAGUUCACUGAGCCCGAUCAAAUUGAAGUACCUGAUAAAGGAGGCUUUAACAACAGUGUAGCAGAACAGCAGGCAGUGCUGGAAACGGUGGCCAGAGUUAAGCCAAAAAAGAAUGACACGAAAGAAGAAAAGUCAUUUCAAUUCCAUCAUGUAUUCAAUUUGGACAAUGAUAAUAGAGCCGAAGAUACCCCCAUGUUAAUAGAUCGGAAGGACAAUGUAUUUAUAAUUUCUAACUUUAAAUCCAAGUAUCCAGUGCUGCAGCUAGAUUUAAGAUUAAUUUCAGACCUUGUAGUUGCAAUUGUCUCAGCAACUUGUGGCGGUGUUGCAUUUGCCUUUGCUGGACAACCGGUUAUUACUGGAUAUCUGCUAGCAGGCUCUGUAGUUGGACCUGGGGUUUUAACUUCAUCAGUGAAAUGGUGCAGGUGGAAACUGUGGCUCAAUUUGGUUAAUAUUUCUUCUGUUUGCAUUGGGCCUGGAGUUCUCCAUGACCAACUUCGAGUUGUUCGAGCAGUUGCUGUUCUAGGAGGCCUACUUCAAAUUUUUUUAUUUAUGUGCUUAUGUGGAGUUGCAGCCUUG